CUUGUUUCGACCUUUUAAAAAGAACUGCUACUCGUGAUUUUACAAGUCGCCACUCAGUGCGUGUUUUCAAACAUUAAGAAUGUGAUUGGUUGAUUUUCGUAGAACAUUAUAACUUUACCUGUCUUCGUGUUUUUAGAUAUUACAACUAAAAAUUAAAAAUAAAGAACCUAACAAUUAAUGCCAUAUUGACACGGCAGCCAUGUUUUGAUAACAGUUCGGAAGGCGUGCUAAGAUGGUAGACGUGGAUACGGCUAGAAGGAAACUCCUUGAGGCUUUAGGGGAAUAUGCAGAACGGUACUGGAUUAAUAUGAAGCUAUGGUACAAACAGAAGAUCAGCAAAGAUGACUUUGACACACAAGCUUUUGAGUUGUUGGGUCCAGGAAAAAUUAAUUACCAUAAUGAAUUCAUAUUGUCAAUCUUAGCAAAAUGCCAAGCGAUUGCGGCCAGUGCACCUGCUACCCACUCAAAAUCGACGCAAAAAGCUCAUCCCAAAUCCCUUCACCUUCGGAAACCCCGGGUGAAGCGACGUAGCGAAGAUAAUAAUACACCACAGCAAGGUUUUAUCAGCAGUGAUCCACUGAAAACGACUCCACCAUUCUUGAGCAAGGGUGAAGACCAGCAAAAUAUUAGUCUAUGUUCUCAAGAGUUGGUUCUACCAGAUAUAUCAACACUGCAUGGUCGGUUAUAUCUUGGAGCGUGGGAUGCGGGUUUAGAUUCGAUAGCAGAUGAAACAGCACCAUUGCUUGCUGCUGCAGUUGAGGCUCAUCUCAAGAACAUUCUGCAGGCGUGUAUUUCACGUAAAAAACCAUAUGCUAUCCGCUCAGGAAGUCAUUUUCAAUAUAAAUUCGGUUCCGCUCACAUGAGAAGUAAUUUAUGCAACGGAAACCUGUACGAGGAAAGAAAUUUUCACCAACAGCGAACACAAGACCAACUUGGCCAUUCGAACCCUCAUCGGACAUACGACCAGGCCGAAGCAGAAGCCUAUUCAAAAUUCGCUUCUGCGGAAGUUCGAAACUCAGUAUUAUCUCCAAUAUCAUUGUUCGACCUGAGAAGUACCCUUCAAGAGAACCAGAACAUCAUUCCGAGUCACACUGUUCGCACUGGCAACAUGGAACGCGUGUUAAGCAACAUGUGGCAUCCUGGACAUGAUGAAAUUUGUCAAAACGAGCUGUACAUCCUGGAGACGCGGAAGCUGCAUGAAAAGCUUAAACAACAGCGUGGUUUAAGAGUAUGAUAUCCAACUCAAUAUUUUAUUCCGGUGAAUGUAUUUUGAAAUGUGUGAAUGCUAUUAUUAGCGAUCGUCAAUUCUUCAUAAGCUUGUGCCAACUUUUUUAGUAACAUUCCACUAGAUGUAUUAAAUUCUUUUCCAAAUACUCUUUCUCAAAUUUAUUGUAUUGUUUACUCACAAGAGAUGAUUCAGACAUGCACACCUUUUUGUAAUGCAACCAGUGAAACUUCAAUUUUAAUUGCAGAUUGACAAUUAAGGAUUAAAUAGUGUACUUUCGGACCAAAAAUAUUCUUCGACUAAAUCAACUCUGCCAAUAAACACAUUCCUCAGAAAAAAACCCCGAAUUAAAAUCAACCAAUAAGCGCAAAGCAAGCGUGACCUCAUCUUACCCUCUUAAGUAAUAGGGAAAUUAGUCAUGUUUGUUCGAGUGGAUGAGACCAUUCGCGGUCAAAACAAUAAAGAAGAAAGGAUUUCCCAUUAUUGAUCUCACGAAGAAAGAGCAAUAGAAGAAAUAAAUCAAAAAGUGUCUGACCACAGAAUUGUUUUUUGCGACGUAGGGUAAUUUUUCCAACCUUUUGAUUUAUCAGUGAUAGAAAAAUUAUGCUGCUUGUCCUGUCUAUCAUGCAUUCAGUGUUCAUUAGUUUUGUAAUUUUUUUUACUGUCAAACUCCUAACGAUAAAUUCCAUUUUGUGUUUUCAACUGAAUGAAGUUGCAAAAAAAGGGGUAAUGUGUUCUUGCAAAACUUCAUCCGUGGGGUGGAAAAGCAGGAUUGCAAAGGAAAUUUUUGGUUCAGUACUUUCAUUAAUAGAUUUUACAAGAUGCUAAAGAUUCAUUUUUUCAGCUAUCUUCUCAAAAACAACUUUCAACUUAAUUUUCUUCUAUUACGACAAUCGUCGUUUACAUGUUGUAACAGAUACAGAAAAAGAUCUCUUGUUUUUUAAGUUUACGUUUUUUUUCUAAAUAUGUCUUUGUUGCUGGUUGGUAUUAGCAUAAAAAAUAAUUUUGUAUUAGCUGUGCUUUCCAGCUUUAUAAUCUAGAUAUUUUUCAACAAAAAUUAUAAAUUUCCUGUAAUCAAUUAAUGUACAUGCCAGAUUUAUAAUCGUGUUGUUACAUUUCAUGAUCUGAAUAAAUUUAAUACUGGGUAUAAAAUUAUGUCGGUAGCGCCUUAAACAAUUUGGUAAUUCCGGCUGUCUGAGACAGUGGUUUUACGAAAGCCUCUGUUCAAUUUUAAAAUUUUCUUUAAAAAAAGGCACGUUUUUUUUUUUUGUUCUCUCGAUGCAUUUCUUUUGUUAGAAAUACAUGCAUAUCCAACAC